CAUUUCCCGGUUUCGCUCCCAUAUUCAAAAGGUGAGAAAGUAAUACGGGCUCUUUGUUUGUCUUACGAUUCUCGGCGCAGAAACCAGCUUCGUUUCAGGUAAUGAGCUGGAAGGGAAAUCUAUGGAAAACAGAUAUUUGAUCAGUAAUGUACCAAGGAAAGGGCUCAGCGACAUAACCAACUUGCAGCAUCAACCUCAAGUGUUGACCUUAGAUGAAAAGCUGCGGCAGCAACCGGCUUCACUCAGUAGUAAAGAUUACAUCGAAAAACUCCAACAGGAAAAUAUGAUGUUGAUGAAAGUUCUUGCAGACCGAAAUAAAGUCAUCGAAUUGAGUGCAAUUGAGUUACAGAAACUAAGAAUCAAUUUGGAGAAGUUUCAGCAACAGAACUUGCAACUUGCCCAAGCAAACAGCCAAAUGUUAUCGGAACUUAAUUCAGGGAAAGAUAGGCUAAAAGCCCUUAAACAUGAACUGGGAUGUAAAAAUGCUGUGCUUCAAGCAAUAAAAUCAGAGAAAGCCAAGAUUGUGGCUUGCCCUACAUCUGGAAAUGAGGAAGGAACAAACAAAUAUGGCGGGGCAGGUGAAUCCCUUAAAGAAGAAGAUAGAGACUAUGAACCUUGUUGUAGGAGAAGGUUUGGCAAGGAAGGUGAAUCUCUUAAAGAAGCAAAAGGAGAGAAUAAAUCUUGUAACACGAACAGGAGGCGGCAAUCAAAGAGUCUAUGCCCUUCUAAUAUUAAACCAGUCGAAGCCAAGGAGGGAGUCGAGAACAAAAGCAGGGUUUGUUUAAGAAGGCAAUCUGCAAGAUUUAAACCACAAGAGUCGGAAAUGACUGAAGAUGUUUUCAUGGUAGAUAAUACAAAUUUUCUUGUUCCCUCUCGUGGUGAUGAUGACGUGCAUUUAAGUGGCCUGAUAUCAUCUGAUUCAUCAGUCAAAAAAGAACCUGAUGAAGAAUGUAUGAUCCCUGGAAACGAAGCUCAAGAACUUAGGCGGGCAUCUACGGGCAGGCCUUUGCGCCGAGCAGCUGAGAAGGUCCAAUCCUACAAGGAAAUGAAGGUUAAUGUGAAGAUGCGCAGAGAACUGUGAGUUCAUCCUCUUUGCUUCUUCACUGCACUUUACUAUGGUUGAGAUGCAUCUAACUUCCUAUAUCACAAUGCUGUCAUUUCUGUAUAAUACGUUCAUAUAACAUUUCAAUGCAUCAUCCAUGGAUGACAAUUGGGAAAUGCCUGAAACUGCCAUUAGGUUGUUGACCGAGUUGUACUUGAAUAAUCUGUAGGAGU